AGGAAGGAAACUGAGAGAGCUAGGAGAGGUUUAGGUGGCCGAUCGAUGGUCAAAGGAGAACACGGAGAGGGGCUGGAACACGGAUCGGCUUCUGGAAGUCAGGCUCGUAUGUAUCAUCCGAGACACGGAUCGAAGGUUUUUUCGCUGCGCAGACUGCGAUUUGUCCCUCCACGUGUUUGACCACUGGUGCUUUCGUGGUGACUUGUGUUUGGAUUUAAACAGGGGAUAUGCUGCUCAUUGCUCCAACAAGAACAAUCGCCCGCUAAACCUGAACGAUUUGAGAAUUGGAAUCGCGAGUUGAAGAUUUGGAGCGAUAAAACGGUGAAGAAGGCCACGAUCGCAUAGUUGAAGUCCCCCCGGCAUCUGAUAUCGGCGAAUUGAUCCGAGGCGUGAGAGCAGGGCAGAGAAAUCGGGGAAGAUGGCGCCAGGCGGAUCGGAUGCGGAGCUCGGAGAUGCGGGCAGGCGUAGCGGAAAGAGGCAGCGGAAGCGGUACUCGUCCUACCUCCGGCUGCCUACUUUCCUUAAGUCGUCUCGGAAUCGAGCAGCCGCGCCUCCAGUGCAGGAUGGUGGAAUGGCAGAAGAUAGUCCAUUGCCGACGCAUCUGGUGGUGAUGGUCAAUGGCAUCGUCGGAAGUGCUGCGAAUUGGAAAUACGCUGCCAAACAAUUCGUGAAAAAGCAUCCGGUGGAUAUUAUGGUUCACUGCAGUGAAUCUAACUACGGAACUUUGACUUUCCAUGGUGUUGAUGUAAUGGGCGAACGAUUAGCAAAAGAGGUUAUCUCAAUAGUUGCUAGCAAGCCUUUCCUUCAAAAGAUAUCAUUCGUGGGGCACUCACUAGGGGGCUUGAUUGCAAGAUAUGCAAUUGGUAUCUUAUAUGAGAAAACAGUACCAAAAUGUAUUCUAGAGGAACAUGGUGCUUGCGAAUAUCAUCCUGUGGUAGCAAAGUCUGUGGAUGAAAAAAUUAAAGGCAAGAUCGCUGGACUUGAGCCAAUGAAUUUUAUCACUUUUGCAACACCUCAUCUUGGGUCAAGAUUGCACAAACAGAUUCCACUCUUUCAUGGUUCCUAUAAGUUAGAAAAGAUGGCAUACCGAACUUGUUGGAUUUUCAGAAGAUCAGGAAAGCAUCUAUUUCUUAAAGACCACGAUAAUGGGAAACUUCCUCUUCUGGUUCAGAUGGUCAGUGACUGUGGAGAUCUUCGAUUCAUGUCUGCUUUGCUAUCUUUUAAGCGACGCGUUGCAUACUCGAAUGUUUGCUUUGACUUCAUCGUUGGAAGGAAGACAUCAUCAAUACGACGUGAACAUGAGCUUCCUAAGCGCCAAGAUUUCAUGAUAAAUAGCCAAUAUCCACACAUUAUUUAUGUUGAGAAACCGACAACUGUUGAUGUCCCUCAGAUGAAUUUUCCAGCAACCACCAAAGAAUUGAAAACUAUCAGUGAUAUGGAAGAUGCUAUGAUUGACGGUUUGAAUAGAGUUCCUUGGGAAAGAGUAGAUGUUAGCUUCCGUGGAAGUAAACAAAGAUUUUUUGCUCACAGUACCAUUCAGGUGAAGACCUACAUGAUAAAUUCAGAUGGUUCAGACGUUAUAUUCCACAUGAUUGACAAUUUUCGCUUAUAGCCGAUAUUUGAAGUUUGCUUCAGAAAUUAUACAAUAUGGCAUUGGGCAAUCUCAAUUUUAUUUACCCAAGCUUGUCCCAUUAUUUGUUCCUUUGUCUGCCAAUUGGCUUUUCACAACAUUUUUUGUGGAAAUAGUGGGGGAGUGGGCUCUCCAGUCUAUUAGGGUUAAGAACACCCUUUCAUAUUUGUAAAUCAAUGUUCUAUGUCAAUGUGAGUAAGAGGAUUUUGAGCAUUGAAA